GUGACGUCACAUGGACAUGGCCUGUUGCAUUUCACCAGUUGAGUUGAUGAUCAAGUAGAGCAACUCUAGGAUAAGUCAAUUUUUUAUAACUGUGUAGAAGAUUCGGCGUGGCAGUGAUGCAUCUCAUUACUGCCUUUUGGAGUUUGAAUAUAGAUUUCCAUUCUGAGAAAUUGCCGCAGAAAAGUACGCCGUAUGUUUUUGGCUCUGAGGUAAGUGAAAAUGGCCUAUUCUUGUAAGAUGCAUUUGUGUCAUUCGUCUAAGAAAUACUAGA